CUUCAUACCUAUGGCCCUCCCCUUAGCACUAGCUUAGCCUAGCGUUCCGCUAGUCGUCAUCACAUCAUGUCGCAGGCGCUUUCAGAGGAGGAGUUUCACCGUAUGCAGGCUCAGCUGCUGGAGUUGAGGACACACAACUAUCAGCUGUCUGAUGAACUGAGGAAGAACUCCGCUGAGCUUAGCACCUUGCGUCAGAAAAAUGUGGUGUUGGAAAGAGAUUUUGUCAAAGCACAGAAGGCACUUAAUAAAAGUAAAAAAGCACAGGAAGUGGAAGCACUGCUGAGCGAGAACGAGAUGCUUCAGGGAAAACUUCACAGCCAGGAAGAGGACUUUCGACUGCAAAAUAGCACGCUUAUGGCAGAACUCUCCAAGCUGUGUCUGCAAAUUGAGCAGCUGGAACUGGACAACAAGCACCUCAAGGAAGAGGGCGGCGCCACAGCUUCCCGACCGAGUCCUAAUGCCACCUCCAGUGCUACUGAUGAAGAGUUGCUGCGCCUGCAGGCUGAGAACGCCACGCUGCUAAAGAAAGUACGAGCCCUGCAGGAGCACUAUACAGAGCAGCCAAAAACGACACUCUCACACAUCGAACAAAACGCUACCUCACAGACAGACCAGUCAGUGGGCGCCAAUGGGAUGUGUGAUGUCAGUGGCAAAGGGGAGGAUCCAGCAGCAGAGCGUGUCAGUGGGCAGCAGGAUGAAUCUCAGCUGGAACAGACAAAGUUUCAUGGCCUGUCAGAGAAGAGCGUAGAGGAGAUUGUAGCUAAGCAGUCAGCGCUAGGCUGGUCGGCUGCUCUGUGUCCAAUAACUCACUGCUUUGGAGCAGAGCUGGAGGUCGCCCUGAGCACCCAGCACGAGGAGAAGAGGCUGCUGAGGGAACAACUGCGCCAGCUGGAGGUCUCCAAACAGGCUGAGCUGUCCAAACUGCAGGAUGAUUUGUCAAAGCUGUCUGACAAGUUAAAGAAGAAACAGGAAAGUUUCCAGCGUCUUCAGGCAGAGAAGGAGGUUCUGUACAAUGAUAGCAGGACAAAGAUUGAGGAGAUCAACCAAAGAAAGGAGGAGGAGCUCAAGUUGAUGAACACACGAAUCCAGAAACUCCAAUCGGAUUUGACAGCAGCCAAUCAGGUGACGGCAGAGCUGAGAGAGAAGCUCCAGACCCACGACAAAGAACACCAACUGGCCGUGAACGCACUCAAAGAUCAGGUAGCGAGUCAGAGCGCAGUCAGCCAGGAGCAGGUGGACAAUAUCUUGCAGGAGAAUGAUGCUCUGAGGACAAAUCUUGCUGCUUUAGAACAGAUUCAAACAAGCAAGAUGCAGGAGGUUAGCCUACUACGCGAACAGCAGGAGGCGCAGGCCGCAGAACUGCAGCAAAGUCGAACGGAGCAGGAAAAGCUUUUGGCGCAGAGGGAUGACCUGGACUCACAGUUGCAGGAGUCCAAUUUUGCAAACAGGAAGUUGUUGGAGCAAUUAACAGAAGAAGGACAAGAAAAGGAGAAACUUAUGAGGGAGUUUGAAGAGAGCAAAAAGACGGCUGAUAAGCGGAAGGUUAUGCUAGAUGACAUGGCCAUUCAACUAAAUCAGGAGAAGUCCAACCACAAGGAGGCGUUGUCAGAUCUCAAACUGCAGCAUGAGAAGGAGGUCCUCAGCGUGAGAGCUCGCUACGAGAAGGAACUUCGAGGUCUGCAUGAAGAGAAAAAUCGCUCCGAGGAAGACAUUCGGCAGCAGCUGAGAGAUGAGAAGGCUCGUUGCAAAGAGUUGGAGAGUUUUCAGACCAAAGUGCAAGAACUUGGCAGUCAGUUGCAGUCCAUGGAAGAAACCAAAGGAUGGUUUGAACGUCGACUUGACGAGGCUCAGGAAAAUACUGGCAAGUUGAAAUUAGAACAUCAAGAAGCUGUCAAAACUCUCCAGGAGCAACACACACUUGACCUACAGGCCAAGCAGGUAGAGGCCGAAGCGGUCCACGGGAAGCUGCUGGAGGUCCAGAAUCAACGAGAUGAGCUACACAGCUCCAUAACCAAACUCAAACAGGAGAUCAAAGACACAGUGGAUGGACAACGAAUUUUAGAGAAAAAAGGAAGUGCAGCGUUGAAGGACCUAAAAAGACAAUUGCAGCUGGAAAGGAAGCGAGCAGACAAACUGCAGGAGAGACUUCAAGAAAUACUAACAAACAGCAAGAGCAGAACAGGCCUCGAGGAGUUAGUCUUGUCUGAGAUCAACAGUCCCAGUCGCACUCAGCAGACAGACUCGUCCUCUGUCUCAUCCUUCUCUUACCGAGACAUGAUGAAGGAAAGCCAGAGCAGCGGUCAGAACAAGUCGGGUGGAGGAAGUCCUCAAUGUCAGCGCGCCGCAGAGCUAUCUGAUGACGAGCUGGGUGAACUGUUUCAAAGGCUUGCAGAGGUCCAACAGGAGAAGUGGAUGCUAGAAGAGAAGGUCAAACAUUUGGAGGUAAGCUGCUCGUCCAUGGCAGAGGACAUCUGCAGGAAGAGCGCCAUCAUUGAGACAUAUGUCAUGGACAGCCGCAUAGAUGUAUCAGGCGGCGCCACGGGUGGUCACGGAGCUCCUCAGGCCGACCGAGGCGGCCUGGGUUCUGUCUUGAGGGACCUGGUCAAGUCCGGAGACGACAACCUGCGCGAGAUGAACAAGAAGCUGCAGAACAUGUUGGAAGAGCAACUGACAAAGAACAUGCACCUUCACAAGGACCUGGAGGCUUUAUCCCAGGAAUUAGUUCGUCUCAGUAAAGAACAAGUACCUGACAGCAGUACAGGUGACUCUGGUUGAGACUACUUCCUGGAUCAUCAUCUACAUCCAAAAAUUUAUUCACCUCAGAUGGAAGAUUGGGCUUUGACUAACACCAGGGACUUGCUUCUUGCAGGCCUUGAACCUUAAGCCAUCCCAGGCUAUGUUUAAAUGCUGGAAUGUCUCCAUCCAUCCAUCCAUCCAAAGCAUGCAGGGAAGUGGAAAUGUUCACCUUAUCAUUGUUUUUAACGAAUGUACUGCAAUUAAACUAAACUUACAUGAUUCCCUUUCAUUUAAGCUUGGCUACAACCUGAUGACCUCCAUUGCAAUUAAACACUUGUUUGCAUUGUACAGAUACUUCCCGCUCCCAACUGUAUAUGAAAAGAAAAAAAACACUCGGGGUAUCUGGUGUCUAUGGUCAUACUGUAUCAUUGCACGCAUUCACGUGUUGUCAGGCUAAGUCUAUAGCCUGGUCACGGAUCGCGUAACAUGCAAUGUCAUUUGGCUUGUCACGUUGACUAUUUGUAUGAUUAUAUCAGUCUUUUACUUCUAAUCAAAGCUUCUAUGAAUGUGUGUGAAGUAUAAAUAUAUAUUUAAAAAUGUUUUUUUUAAUCUCUUUUUUUUUUUCUUGAAACUUUGACAUCAAAAAUCUGUAAAUGGAAAUGUCUUAAUUGUUGAGCGAGGUCUAUGUCCUGCUUACUGUAUUGUAUUUUAUUUAUAAGAGAAAAGUGUUUAUCUGUGUUGCCUUCACUCUUAAGCACUACAUGUCCCAUGUCUAGUUCUGGGCUGUCACAGCGUUUUUUCUUGCGGUUUCUGUUUGACUAGGUCUGGGGACUAUUGACUGACUUGUGACUUGGUUCUAUGUUCUGGGCCUUAGAAAGGCAGUGAUCUGAAAUUAAAUGUGAAAGAAAAGAUUUCUUUACAAGAAAAAAAUAAAG